AUGUCAAGAGAAGAUCCAAUUAAAGCCGAGAAGGAUUUCUCAGCAACAUUAGAUGAGCAAUUCCCACUUAUUGAAAAACUUCCAGAUUAUAAACAAGCACUUGAUAAAUAUUUGGUAUUAGAAAAACAAACCCGUCAAUCAUCAGAUUUAGCAUCUUCCAAAAGAGUUCUUGCAAGAAUUGUCAGUACUCUUAUUGAUAAUGAAGAUUGGGAAUAUUUGAACGAUUUGAUUACCAUAUUAUCCAAGAAACAUGGACAAUUAAAAUCUUCUAUUCAAGCUUUCAUUGGUCAAGUGAUUGAUAAUUUAGAUAAAUUGAAUGAAAGCCAUAAGAAAGAAUUGGAUAUGAAGAUUAAGAUAAUUGAAACAAUUAGAACAGUUACUGAUAAAAAGAUCUUUGUUGAAGUUGAAAGAGCCGUAGUUUCUAAGAAAUUGGCUGAAAUUUAUUUAGAUAAAUUUAAUGAUUUAGAUAAAGCAGUUGAUAUCUUAUGUGAUUUACAAGUUGAAACUUAUUCAUUAAUGCCUUUUAGUGAUAAGAUUGAAUAUAUCUUACAACAAAUCAAAUUAACAUUACAAAAGGGGGAUUAUAAUCAAGCUAGAAUAUUAAGUAGAAAGAUUUUAUUAAAAUCUUUAAAGAAUUUCGAAAAAGCUGAUGAAUUUAAAUCAAUUUAUUUGAAAUAUUUAAUUGAAAUUAGUAUCUUUGACUAUGAUUAUAUUUCGAUUGUUAAGAAUUUAUUAUUAUUAAUUGAUAUUCCAUUAAUUAAAGAAACUAAAGAAGAAUACAAGAGUUAUUUAGUUGAAAUUGUUUAUUAUAUCAUUUUAUCACCUUAUGAUCCUCAUCAAAAUGAUUUAAUUAAUAAAAUUAAACAAAAUCCAAUAUUCGCCAAGAAUGUUGAUUCCCAAGUUUUCAAAUUAUUAGAUAUUUUCACUACAAAUGAACUAAUUCAUUGGUCAAAUAUUGAAUCUCUUUACAAGGAUUAUUUCCAACAAUCUUCAAUUCUUAAAAAUGAAACUAAUUUUAAGAACUUACAAAAGAGAAUUAUCGAACAUAAUCUUAGAAUUAUUAAUAAAUUCUAUCAAUUUAUAAAAUUAGAAAGAUUAGCAUAUCUUUUACAAUUAUCAAUAGAUGAAUCAGAACAAUAUGUUAGUGAGUUAGUUAACCAAGGGAUGAUUUCAGCAAAGAUUAACCGUCCUCAAGGUAUAAUCAAAUUUGAUAAAACAAAGUCAGAAGGAAAUACUACAACUACUGAUUCUACAUCUGCUGAUCAUAAUGUUAAUGUAUUGUUGAAUGAUUGGUGUUAUGAUAUUGAUAAAUUAUUAGAAGAAGUUGAUAGUAUUGGUCAUUUGAUUAAUAAAGAAGAAAUGAUGCAUGGUAUUAAACAGAAAGUUAAGUAG